AUGCCACACAGUAUUUCGUUCAAUUCGAAUGGAGAGAUGUUUAUUGCAGAGUACAACGCAACAAGGAUUAGAAAGGUUUAUUACAAUUCAACUAUUGGAGAUUACAGUAUGAUUACUGUUGCUGGAGGUGGUUCUUCUCUUAGCAGUAACAUUUCAGCUCUCAAUGCCAAGUUCUCUCAACCUCGAUGUGUUGUUGUUUCGCCAAAUAAUGAAGUUUACAUUUGUGAUACAGGUAAUUACAUGAUCAGAAAGAUUGUGAAUGGUGUUGUGUAUAAUAUUGUUGGAAAUGGACAGCAGGGAUCAAGUACUGAUGGCACUCUUGCUGUCAAUGCCAAAGUUUCUCUGGUAUUGAGUGUUGCCUUUCAUCCAGUGAGUGGUGAAUUGUUCUUUUCUGAUUAUUCCAAUAAUGCAAUCAAGUAUGUCAUGAAUAAUGGCAGCAUUUUCACAUAUGCAACAUCUAGUGGCCCUUAUGGAAUUGCUUUCGACUCGAGUGGCGAUAAUUUAUAUGUGGCAGAGUAUGGAUCUAACAAGAUUGUUAAAUUCACUAAUGGUGUUAGAUCUGUAAUUGUCAAUACUUUGGGCACAAAAAGUUUCAGUGGAGAUGGUGGUAGUUCUUUGAGUGCAACCAUCAAUCUUCCUGCUGGUAUUGCACUGAAUGGAAAUAAUCUCUACUUUGCUGAUACUGCCAACAAUCGUAUUAGAGUGGUCAAUUUACAAACCAGUAUUGUGAAUACUAUUGCAGGUGAUGGAACUGCAAGAUUCCUUGGAGCUUACUCUGGAUCAAGAUCAGAUGUUUCAUUAUUUAGACCAGAGACAACAUUUUACAAUUCACAGACUGAUGAGUUGCUGGUGGCCGACACCCUCAAUCAUCGCGUAGUUAGAAUCAACUCACUGACAAAUAUCAAUACAUCCCCAAUUGAAUCUAUUGCUGGUUAUACUGGUAUUGCUAGCAAUGAUGUUGCAGGCAAGUUGGGAAAUCAAACCUAUCUCAAUUAUCCAUACUCUGUAGCUCAAUCAGAAACUAGUGGUGAUGUCUAUUUUGGAACCACUAAUUUUGUUUACAAAUGGGGAAAGAAAGAUCAAAAGAUUACACUCAUUGCUGGAUCGAGUAGUACAUUGGCAGGCGAUAAUUAUCUUGCUGUUGGUUCACAAUUAUAUCAACCAGCUGGUAUGGCCUUUGCUUCAAAUGGAGAUUUAUAUUUUUGUGAUUCUAAUAAUCAUGCUAUUAGAAAGAUUGAUACUCAAGGUGUGAUUACAACACUAACUGGAAAUGGAACAGCAGGAUUCCAAGAUGGUGAUGCUGCAAGUGCACUUUUCAAUAGUCCAGCUAGUAUUGCCUUAUUACCAAAUGGCGAUUUUCUAGUUGCUGAUUUUACCAAUUCUAGAAUUAGAAAAUAUGUUGCCAGUACCAAACAAGUUGUUACUAUUGCUGGUAAUUCAACUCUUGGUUUCUAUGGAGAUAAUGGACUGGCUUCAAAGGCACUUCUAAACAAACCUACAGGUGUUUUCUAUAAUUCCACAUCAGGUGAUAUUUUGAUUGCUGAUUAUUUCAAUUUCAGAAUUAGAAAAAUUUCCAAUAAUACAGGAAUUAUUACAACCAUUGCUGGAUCUGGUUCAACCAGCUACAAUGGAGAUGGAUUGGCAGCAACAUCUACAAGUAUGGCUCCAUACGGAUUGGCAGUAAAUCCAAUUAGUGGGGAGCUGUUCUUUACUGAUAAUGCCAACUUUCUUGUUAGAAGAAUUGAUGCCAGCUCUAAGGUUCACACAGUAAUUGGUGUUGCUAAAAGUACAAUUUUCAAUGUAACCAGUUUGGCCAAUUCAACUGGUUUAUCUUCAAUUUCGUUCUUGACAUUUUCACCAAGUGGUGAUCUUUAUGUUUCUUGCUUUGGACAACAUGUCAUCAAAAAGAUGAGUUAUGGUAGCGAUAUUGUUUAUAAUGUAGCUGGUACAGGAAAUACAGAUUUGAAUGGAGAUGGAUUGGAAGCAACAUUGACCAAUCUUUAUCAACCAAUUGCUGUAGCUUACUCUCCUACUUCCAGUGAAUUAUACUUUUCUGAUUAUUUACAUGAUAGAGUGAGAAAAAUAACCUCUUCAGGAUUGGUUGAAACAGUUGCAGGAGGUUUAGGUGAUAAGGGAUUGGCUGUUAAUGCAAAAAUCAGAGGUGUUUCAUCAAUAUUACUGGUAGACAAUGAUUUAUAUAUCUCUGAUGCAUUCAAUUAUAGAAUUCGUAAAAUUUCCCUCUCAACUGGUAUUAUUGAUUCCAUUGUUGGAGCAUCAUAUGCAUCUAUUUACAAUGGAGAUAACUUGGCCAAUCAAACCAAUAUUAACUAUGUAUGGGAUCUGAGAAUUCAAAACGGUGAACUUGUAUUUGCUGACAUGAACAAUAACUUAAUUAGGAAAACAAGUUUAUCUGGUAAAGGAAAGGUAACAACCAUUGCUGGUAUGGGUACAAACAAUGCUUCGAUUAUUAUCGAUAAUGUCAAGGCAACAAGUGCCUAUUUGAAAAACCCUGGUUCUGUUGCAUUCUUACCAACUGGUGAUAUGAUUAUUGCAGAGACAGAAGGUCAUAUCAUUAGAAAGGUUGAUUUGAAUGGCAAUAUUUCACUCAUUGCUGGAUCAUUCUUCCAACCAGGUUUCAAUGGUGACUUGUCAGAUUCAAAGAAUUCUUUAUUGUAUCAACCAACAGGACUUUCUAUUUUACAGGAUGGUAGAAUCAUCUUCUCAGACUUUGGAAACAAUAGAGUGAGAAUGUUAACACCAUAUUGUAAGGAUGAAAAGUAUUAUUUGACUCAAUCUUCACAAGGUAUUGUCUGCAACAUUACUUCAUGUUAUGGACUCGCCUACAAUGAUGCAAAAGUUUGUUCAGGAAAUGGAAUUUGUUCAUCAUUGAAUAACUGCAGCUGCUCAAGUGGAUAUUCUGGAAACGAUUGCUCAACUGCUGAUAUUUGUUCUGUCUUGUCAAGCUCAUAUGUUUGUACAACAACGUCUCUCAACACAACUGAAACUCAAGUUACAACAGUUCAAAAUGUCACUCAAUUGGAUUCGAAAACUAUCGAGUUCUCAUCUACAAGUACUGUCACUGUUUCACUGCCAUCAACAAUUUCACAAUACUUGACAAGUGUUGAUUCAACAUUGAAGAAUGACACUGUUACUGUUGUCAGUUCUGUUUCAUCAGCAAGCAAAGUAACAGAAACUUCUGAGGUUAUUUCACCAGUCAUCUCAAUUGUUCUUGUCAAGUCAAGUUCUAAUCAAAAAAUUUCUGUCCAAAAUCUCGAAGAACCAAUUUCAUUAUAUUUCAAUAAGGUCAACAUGACUGUUUCGAAUAUUGAAACCUUGAAUGUAACUUGUAUGUAUUAUGAUGAAAGUGAAAAGGUAUGGAAAUCGGAUGGGGUUGAAAGUGAAAUUACAGAGAUUAUUCUCCACAACCUUGCUGAUGGAAAUGUUACCUUGACAAUUUCACUUACAUGCAAGACUUUCCAUUUAACUUCAUUUGGAAUCAUUGAUCAAAACUACAAGAAGGCAACUACUAACUCUAAUACUGACGAUUCCACAAUCUUGACAGAUUACACAGUUUUAAUAGGUGCCAUUGUUGGUGGUGUUGGUGGAUGUUGUGUUAUUGCCACAAUUAUUACACUCAUCAUUGUUGUCAUUAUCUUUGUAAGAAGAAGAGGAAAGAAAUAA